UCCGCCUCCCUCCCCUGCCGGCAGCGCCUUCCCAGACUCCUCUCCGGGUAAACAGCGAUGGCCGCAGAUGAAGGAGGCGGAGAACAGGAUAACAACAUGGGAAACCACUUGCCGAUCCUCCCUGCUGAGAGUGAGGAAGAGGAAGAUGUUGAAAUGGAAGUUGAAGAUCAGGACAGCAAGGAUGCUGAAAAGCCAAACAUCAUUAAUUUUGACACCAGCCUGCCAACCUCUCAUGUGUAUUUAGGAUCGGACAUGGAAGAAUUUCAUGGAAGGACUGUCCAUGAUGAUGAUAGCUGUCAAACAAUUCCAGUUUUACCCCAUGUGAUGGUGAUGCUGAUUCCUGGACAAACAUUGCCUCUUCAGCUUUUUCGCCCCCAAGAGGUUAGCAUGGUGCGGAACUUAAUACAAAGAGACAGAACUUUUGCUGUUCUUGCAUACAGCAACAUACUUGAAAGAGAAGCACAUUUUGGAACAACAGCUGAAAUUUAUGCCUAUCGGGAAGAACAGGAAUAUGGAAUUGAAACUGUCAAAGUAAAAGCUGUGGGAAGACAGCGGUUUAAAGUACUUGAAAUAAGAACCCAAGCAGAUGGCUUACAGCAGGCCAAAGUACAAAUCCUUCCUGAGCGAGUGCUGCCUUCAACUAUGUCCGCAGUGCAGCUGGAAUCCCGCAGCAGAUGCCACAUUUUUCCUUCUUCUAAGCCCGCAGCAUGGGAGGAUCAACAGAUACAUCAAUGGCGACAGAAAUACCAAAAGCGCAAGUUUCACUGUGCUAGUCUGACUUCCUGGCCAUCUUGGUUAUAUUCUUUAUAUGAUGCUGAAACCUUGAUGGAACGAGUCAAGCAGCAGCUUCAUGAGUGGGAUGAAAAUCUUAAAGAUGAAUCGCUUCCAUCAAAUCCAAUAGAUUUUUCCUACAGAGUUGCAGCAUGCCUACCUAUUGAUGAUGUUUUGCGAAUUCAGCUGCUUAAAAUUGGUAGUGCUGUUCAGCGACUGCGCUGUGAACUAGAUAUUAUGAACAAAUGUACCUCUCUUUGUUGUAAGCAUUGCCAAGACACAGAAAUAACAACUAAGAAUGAAAUAUUCAGUUUAUCGCUAUGUGGACCUAUGGCUGCCUAUGUGAAUCCUCAUGGCUAUGUGCAUGAGACCCUUACUGUCUACAAGGCCUGCAAUCUGAAUCUGAGUGGCAGAUCUUCCACAGAACACAGCUGGUUUCCUGGGUAUGCAUGGACUAUAGCUCAGUGUAGGAUCUGUGGAAGCCAUAUGGGUUGGAAGUUUACAGCAACAAAGAAGGAUUUGUCACCUCAAAAAUUCUGGGGAUUGACCCGUUCUGCUCUGCUGCCAAGGAUUCCAGAAAAAGAAAAUGAGCCUGGGCAAGAAAGAUCACUAUUGCUUUGCCUUUGAUCUGGUCACCUCAUUCUGAACAAACUAAAAGCAGUUUGUGUCUCGAAGAUAAAAGUAUUAAAUGCUGCCUCCGGUAUCUGAUUAUAUAUUUGAACUUCAUGAAAAAAAAAAAAGCACUGUUAUUUCCGAAGGCCCUGAAAAGUUUAAUACUUUGAAUUUGGAAGAAGAUGUACAAAAUGUGAGAUGAAAAGUGAGAAAAGCAGAUGAUUUCAAGUUAUCUGGCAUGCACUGAAUUGAACAGCUCAGAUUUACAGCUGCUCUUUAAUAAUGUAAGAAGACAUACACUAUUGUUGAGGCGAUAAAGCUGUGUAGAACUGACAUGAAGACUGUAUAACUUAAGGUGUGCAUAAUGAUAGAUAUAACCUAUUGCUCGCUGUUUUAAAAUAUUUUUCCUGUAGAAUGUUGUGAAUUUACUAGAAUACCUGUUUUCUACCUGUAUGAAUUAGUUUGCAGGUACUGGCAUUUGCUUCAAUAAGCCUUAAAAGACAAGGAGGCCCAACGUUCUGGAAGGGGCGUUUGGCUUCUUGGGAUCAUUCUGUAGCUGCUGUAGAAGCACACAUUGAAGCCUGCUGCUCAAAGAACUUACGGAAUGCAACUCCUUUGUUAAAACAAAAUCCAACUGGGCUGUUUGUGUUUGCUUUAUCUCUUUUACAGGAUUUUCACUCCAUUUGGCAUCUUCAGACUUUCUUUUUUAAAAAGUAGAAACAUAAGUUAGUCAUUUAUGCCUCUAGCAUCAUAAUAAAGGGUAUGAUUUUCCAGAUCAAUAGCUCUAGUACAUUUCAGUUAAUCACAUUACAGAUGUUUGUAAUUAAAUGUUUUGAAGCAUUAUGUAUCUUUUUACAUGUCUAAGAACUUGGCAUCACAACUUGUUCAUAAGCUAUAUAUUUGGUAUGGGAAAACAGCAGACAUCUUACUAUUCUUUGUAAUUUCUUAUCUGAAACUGAAAGAUUGUGUGGUAAUAAUGCUUCCCAUAGAAACUUGUUGUUUUUCAGGAGAUGAUAUGGUAUAGAAUGGGUGCCAAAAAGAAGGAAUAAAGACUUAAUACAUUGUUUUCACAGAAUGCACUUCAGUAAGCAAAAUCCGCAGGUAUCAGAUUCAUUUUAUAGAUAUAUGUAGUGAUCCUGUUAAUAAUAUGUGUUAAGUUACCUUGCUGAAAUAAAAACAUUGCUGAAA